AUGACUGGUUCCAACGUCAAUAUCGACGCCGCCAAGGCAACGUUCCACCAUGCUUUCUGCAUCAACAACAUUAAGAAUGUGAUCCCCAUUCUUUUGGAUCACACUGAUGGCCACUAUACGUCAUGGGUGGAGUUGUUCAUCGUCCAUGCAUGUGCCUCCAAUGUGCUCGACCACAUCGACCCUAAAACUAAACGCCCGACUGACGUUGAUACAGCAACGUGGACCCGCCUCGACGCUAUCGUCAAACAGUGGAUUUACAGCACCGCCUCCACCGAUCUUCUUCUAACUAUUAUGAAGCUGGGUGCCAUCGCUUAA